ACAAAGACAAACCCACACAAGACAGCGAGCCUGAAGUAUAAAACAACUCGCUCGACUCAAACACAUAUCAUCAUGACAGCAGGGGCGGUGGCGGCGCCGCGCAUCAUUCCCAUCAUGCAUCUGGACAGACUACGGGCAAAAAAUCACAUUGACACCAGUACACAUGUGUGCAUUCAGUCAGACACGCGAGACACGCAGGUCUUCUUCACGCUGGACGGCUCCAAGCCGCUCAGAGACCACGGGGGGUCAGGAAGAGUCAGUGGGCGGUACUGCGAGCCCUUCCUGCUGCCCGCCGGCCGCAUCUGCAUCCGCGCCAUGGCCGCCACCAGCGACGGCCGAGAGAGCGCCACCGUGACCAAAGUCUUCCUGGUCCAGCAGGAUGAGAAGGCGGAGCCAAGCAGACUUUCAUCUUACAUGCAGGAAGCCUGGCAUCAGCAGCACUCUGCAGGUGACAAAGACUCACCUGUCAGCACACGCUCGGUAGAAGAUCCUCUUUCUUCUUUAGGAUCCAAGAUGGCCGCCUCCGCUCCACGUUUCCUCAGAAGUCGUCAGGCUGUGCCCGCUGCCACGCCGAGUGCUUCGCCAAACCCCCAGUCUGAGCGUGCAGGUUUGCUUCAGCAGACGAGACGCACGCAAAGACAAGCUGACUUCCUGCGGUGUGCACGCUGUGUGACCUUUCCACCAUCACACCCCUUGGCCACUUUCUGUACUCGGUGUGGCGUCACGCUGCCCCCUGCUGGAGGAGGACAGUUGGUGUGUUGUGUGUCGUGUAACACCCAAGUUCCUGUCAACACACCUUUUUGUUUAAUAUGCCACGCCUCCAUCAAGCAGCAGCUUCUCCACCAGUCCAGCCUGCAGGAUCACGUUGUGUGUUCAUGUUGUGGACAAAGGAAUCCAGCAGACAUGUCAAAGUGUCUGACGUGUGAGACUGAACUACACACGACAGCGUUGGAGACAAAUGGCGCCCCUCCAGUCCCAUCGACACACAACAGGAAGUUGACUUGCUCCAAAUGUAAACGACUGAACAACAAUGAUGCUCGUUACUGUGACUGGUGUGGCUGCAAGGUGCAGUGUGUCAGCAGUGUGUUGUGUGGUGGGUGUGGCACUGAUGGCGGCACACACCACACCUGCGCUGCUCCCUUGACUUCCUGUGAUGACCUCAUACAACCUUCAGCUCAUCAGACUGCUCAAACCACGCCCUCCUCCCUGAAGUUAGGCCCGCCCACUAGAGCACAGCACACACAGACCAUAGGACUACAUUACCCAUCAGCCACUGCACUGGGCAAAAAGCAGCAGACUGUCAGCAAACAAACACUUACUGCUAUCAGCCCAGGAAGAGGAUACUGGAGGAGGCAGCUGGAUCACGUGUGUGCUCACCUGAGGAGUUUUGCACAGAACAACGCCCCCUUCAGGACUCUGAUGGGAGAGCCCCGCCUUGGCAGGAUGGUUUCUGCGGUGCUUGAAGAAGACGCCCACGAGGUCAGUGUGACCAUCAGCUUCAUGGCGGCCUCACAGGAAGUCAGACAGGAAGUCAGGCGUGUGAGUUCCAACACCUUGAGCAGCGUGACAGAGAGGAGUGGAAGUGGAAAGAAAACAAGUGUGACGGUGAGGGACAGUCUGCCGCAGGAAGUGGGUCCAGCACGUGGUCACCAGCUCCUGGAUCAGGGGGCGGACCCACACUGCUGUGGGAGCGUCCUGGCCACCGCCCAUCACCAAGCGCUUCCUGUGUUGGCAGACCAGCCAUCUGGAGCGGUGAAGACCACGGCGCCGCACCAGGCCGCCAUGCUGGCUUCUGCUCAGCUGUAAGGCGGCCACCAACCUUCCAGACAAAGAUGGCGUACCACGUGGCCGGCUGCGACCCCAUCACGUCUCUGGACCCCGCCUCCUCAGGGCACACGUUGCCAUGACGACCAAAAGAUUGACUCAAAGCACACAGUCCUUAUCUCAUCUUUAUUGUUCAAAGAACACCCGACUUACUCAGCGGCGCAGGCGUAGAAAAAAGGCGUGGCGACACUCGGCGCUGUCCAGCGGGUAGUACUUGUCGUAAAAGUCCAGGAUGUACUCCUCGGCCUUGAAGCCAAACUUCUGGUAGAGCAACAUGGCGGCGUUGCUGGCGGACACGUGCAGCGUCACGUCCUUGCCCAUGCAGGUCUGAAAGUAGCCACGCCCAUCAGCAGCAGGAAGACAAGAGGUGCACGCUGAGGCGCUCACCUGGAUGAGGUGGUAGAUGAUGAAGGUGCCGAUGCCCGCUCGCCGCCACUCGGGGUGCACCAGCAGGAAGGAGAUAUAGGCCUGGUUGUACUUGACGUCCGGCACCAUGAAGCCGAAGCCCACCACCACUUUCUUGUAGAGGACCACCACGCUGAAGUCCGGGUACUGCAGGCACUCCGACAGGUCGGCUCCUGCGCACAAGGGCAUGCUGCUGGCGGCCUGCUGCUGGUGGCGUGCUGCCGGCGGCGUGCUCACCUGGCCAGAAGUGCUGGUGACACAUGGCGUUGACGGCAGGGAUGUGGUCGGGCCUCACGUAGCAGUAGUCGAUGGGGGCGUCGGCUUCAGGGGGGCGGUCCUUCCUGCGCGCUCGGAUCUCAGCCAGCAGCCUCAUCUUCAGCGGCCGACUCUCGUAGUCGCGCCUACAAGUUGGGGUCAGAGGUCAGGGGCGGACCAUUACCUGUUGGGAGCCACUCACCUGAUGUAGGGUUUGAGGAGGCGGGACGUGUAAGGGCUCCUGAUGCUUUCCUCCAAAGCGCCAGUUGCUCCCAUCAGUCGAUAGCAGAAGGACACCUGCGGCGCAGGUAAGCCCCUCCCAGCGGACCCCUUCACCUGUGGGCACAUGUGGGAACACGUGGCUAUUGUGUCCGUACACCUGCACUUCCUGUCACAUGGUAUUUACCUGGAAGCGGUCUAGGACCCGCAGCUCCUGGCUGUUGGUGGCAAAUUGACCGCCGCCCACCUCCAGAGCUCUGUAGACUCCUCCCACCAGGCUGAGGGCGGAGCUGACGGCCCGGUCGAUGUCCAGCAGGGGGAGCCCUCGCUGCCUCUUGGCCUGGCGGAGCAGCAGCUUGCGGCGGAGGCGUUUGGCCUGCGGCGUGACAGCGAGCGCCAAAGGGCAGGUGUCCAAACGCCGCCGGAGCAUCCUCUCCUCGUAUAGGCUGAGGGGCGAGAAGAGAGAGCUGCGGGGGGCGCCGCCCACAUCACUCCUCUCGCAAUGCCCCUCCCUCCUCCGAUGGGACCCAUCAACAACGCCGCUGGAAAAAGGCGGGCCCACGGGUUCCUCCUCACGCUCGUCCUCGCUGUCCGCUUCACGCUUGAUGUGAGGCGCCGCUGGGCGGAGUUUCUUGCGGCCAAUGAGAAUGGUGGCGGGAGGAGGGGUGUCCUCCAUCCCUGGGUCUAUCAUCCCGUCCGCCUCCAUCUCCUCGUCAUCUGAAAACAGUCAAAGUGGGUGUGGCCUGCACGUCACAUGACUUGUCAACUCACCGUGGAAGAGCGCCUGAGGUGGCAUGGCGUCCGGGAUGAGGUCCGCCUCCGACAGCAGACUGGGUGUGGCCGAGUGGGAGGCCGGCGUCCCGGGGGCGGAGAAGUCCAGUGAGGGUGACGGCGAAGGACUGGUCAGCGGCGUUCUAUCUGAAGAACUGAGGGAGGAGAAGUCCACCACCUCGCCUUUCUCUAGGACGCGCCCCGCGCCCACCUUGACUGGCGUGCCCGCCUCCUUCUGAGCACGUCGGAUGUCUUUGGCCUCCUGAGUCCGCGAGCGCUUCUCCUUCAGCUGCAUGGCGCUCUCCACCGGGUUCCUGGCGCCGCGCUUCCUCAGACCUUCCACCGUGAUGAUGGGCUCCACCGCCGCUUUGGGCGCUGUGGACAAGCAUGAUGAGCAGGAUGUGGACCGUUGCGCCGCUCUGAGCAGCCUCACCUUUGACCUUAGGGCGGGACUUGUCGCUGUCGGGCCGCAGGGUCGGAGGUCGGUUGUGGACCAACUUCCACCAACCCGGCUCGCUGAACUCCUGCGCACCUGAGCGGAAGAAGGCGGGACUACCGACCGACAGACAGCCGGCCACCGUGCUCCACCACGUGGACGUCUUCUUCCUGCCAGGCGACAACACGUCAGUCAGCCGCCGCAGGAGCACACCUGACAGGAAGUCACCUGCAUCCUAGGAGGAAGUUCCAGUGUCGGCCGAUGAAGGCGCAGAUGUCCUCCUUCCAGCGGAAGUAGCCUUGGCGCCCGCUGCCCUCCAGGGACAGAUUGUACAUGGCCAGCAUGACCACCUGAGGAACACAGGCUUUAGCAAGUCUGACUGGCAAAGAGUCCUAGUCCAGUCCUCGUCUAAUCCCAGUCCAGAUUGUACAUGGCCAGCAUGACCACCUGAGGAACACAGGCUUUAGCAAGUCUGACUGGCAAAGAGUCCUAGUCCAGUCCUCGUCUAAUCCCAGUCCAGAUUGUACAUGGCCAGCAUGACCACCUGAGGAACACAGGCUUUAGCAAGUCUGACUGGCAAAGAGUCCUAGUCCAGUCCUCGUCUAAUCCCAGUCCAGAUUGUACAUGGCCAGCAUGACCACCUGAGGAACACAGGCUUUAGCAAGUCUGACUGGCAAAGAGUCCUAGUCCAGUCCUCGUCUAA